CGAUCCGACCCUUUAAAAUCCAAACAGGGGUCUAUUGCUCAGUGAUGAUAGAGUGAACACGCUCCACUGUCCCCUCCCAUCUCAAACCCUAAAUUAAGAAAGAAAUCCCCUAAUUUCUCCGCCAUGGCCAAGAAGCGCAAGCUGCGACCCUCUGACCCCGAGCCCACCAAAGCCCCCGAAGCCGAGCCGCAAGAAGAACAGUCACAGGAGGCAACUGUCCCUGUAGAAGAGGAACAACUACAAUCCGAGCCAGAGCAAAUCCAGGGAGGAGACGCGCCCCAGGAGCAACAAGAGGACAUGGCUGUGGAAGAUUCCAAAGAAGAGGAACACGAGGAGCCCCGGGAAGAGGAACAAAAAGAAGUAGGGGGAAAAGAAUUGGAAGGAGAGCAAGAAGAGCACGAAAACCUGGAUGCCUUAAAAGAAGCCCAAACCGUAACAGCAAAUGGAACCGAGGUAAAGGACGAAGAGGAGGAGGACGACGAAGAAGAUGACGAGGAACCUGUGGAGAACCUUCUCGAUACCUUCUCGAAGGAUCAACUUCUAACCCUCAUUAAAAAGGCAGUGGACAAGCACCCGGACUUGAUCGAGGGCGUGCGCGAGCUGGCCGACGCCGAUCCGGCCCACCGCAAGAUCUUCGUCCACGGCCUCGGCUGGGACACCACGGCUGAAAACCUAAUCUCUGUCUUUGGCAGUUACGGUGAGAUCGAGGAUUGCAAGGCCGUCACAGACCGCGUCUCCGGCAAAUCCAAGGGCUACGCAUUUAUCCUUUUUAAGCACCGCAGCGGAACCCGCAAGGCCCUCCGGCAGCCUCAGAAGCAGAUUGGUAAUCGCACCACCUCCUGCCAGCUUGCCUCCUCAGGACCCGUCCCAACCCCACCGCCUGUAACCCCUCCGGUCUCGGAGUACACCCAGCGUAAGAUUUUUGUGAGCAAUGUAUCGGCCGAGGUCGAUACUAAUAAGCUGCUCGACUUCUUUAAGCAGUAUGGGGAGAUUGAGGACGGCCCACUGGGGCUCGAUAAGCAGACUGGGAAGCCUAAGGGUUUCGCUCUUUUCGUGUACAAGACCGCAGAUAGUGCGAAGAAGGCUUUGGAAGAGCCGCAUAAGAACUUUGAGGGGCAUACAUUGCAUUGCCAGAAGGCUAUAGAUGGUCCUAAACAAAAACAUUAUCACCAACAACCACCCUUUCCUCAUCAUCAGCACUCGCAUUACCAUUCUAGAAAGGAGAAGAAUAAGUAUUCCUCGGCCGGUGCGAGUGGGCCUGGCCAUGGGCAUUUGAUGGCACCGUCAGGCCCCGCGAUAGGGUUCAAUCCACAGGGACUGAACCCGGUUCUGGGUCAGGCCUUGUCUACAUUGCUUGCUACCCAGGGAGCUGGUUUGGGGCUCGGUAAUCUGCUUGGUGGUCUCGGUGGCGCCCCUGUGAACCCGGCGGGGCCACCAGCAGGAUAUGGGAAUCAGGCUGGAGGGAGCUAUGGGAACCAGUCGCUGAUGCAGGGUGGAUUUCAUAAUCCACAAAUGGGGCAGAGCAGUGCUGUUAGGCCUCACCCGGGCAGCGGUCCACCAUACAUGGGUCAUUAGGGAAGGAUGAGGAUAUGUGGAGAGGGGAUAUAUGAGAGGGGUUUAUUUGAUUCAACCUAGAAACUUGUAUAAACCUGGUAAAUCUCUUAUAACUUGUAAGUCACUUUGGUCAAGAAUGGAAGGGUAGCUAAUCAUUGGGAUAGGUCUUUGAAUCUUGCAUAGCAAACUAGAACAUUGUUGGUAUUUGUAACUGAGACCUUUGUACAUGAUACUGAUAUUACAUUUAUAUGUAGUCCUUAUGAUGGUUCUUGUAUACAUAGUCAUCCAUGUGCAUAAAUCAAUUGUAUUGGUUUGAGGCAUGGUCCUCUUAACCCUUGUGAUCAUGUUGGUUCAAUAUGUGGACCGUAGUUGUGUAGGUUAAGGAUGUAAUGUGUGGCAGCUCUCUUCUGCAAGGUAGUGUUCAUUGUCUAUGUGGCCUUUCCUAAUGUUUAUGGGAUGAUAAUCAUUCUGAACCCAUUGGAUGUCUUACCUUGUUCCUUUUAUUCAUGCUUUACGGUAUUGUCUUAUACUUACCUGUAUCUUGUGUUCAGAUUAUUGCUAUUUGCUUAUUGGGGUUUGGUUGAGGUUUAUCCGUGUGAGGGGUCUCUCACUUGAGGUUAUUUUUGUGGGGGUAAAAGUGAUUUUGACAUUGCAGAAGUUUAUUGACCCAUCAUUUCUUCUGACUAUUGAUCUCUUCAUCUUUUCUUAUUUACCGACCAGCAUGUAGAUUUGGUGUCCUGCAGUUACAGCUACUUUACAUUUGCAUUGAAACAUGACUUGUAAUAACUCUGCAAGUGCAUCUACUCGGUCUUUCACGUUUUCAUUGUUGUGUAUAUGAUUCAUACCUCACUAAAGAUACUGAUCAAGAUCUAGGUCCCAUAUCAGUCCUUAGCAUAUAUAGAAAACCAGAUUUUUUUUAACCUGUCGUUCUGACCUUAUCUUAACUCUUUUGGAUUUCUCACCUUAUUUGCUUUGAAUUGGAAAAUUGAUUCUAGAUGUUAUAUAAAUUUUUUGUUUAGUUUUACCUCGCAUAGCAGUAAAUCAAUUUUUAUUUAGCAAUGGCCGUUUCUAAAUUUUAACUCCAUUCCCAAGAUUGCUUUCUAACUAUUAUCAAUCCAUUGUUCCAUAAUGACAUCUAAAUCAUGUUAUUUCAAUGCUUCAUUUUGCUGCAAAAUUAAAUUUUAAUUGAAUAGAAUAAGGGACAACACAAGAAUGUCUUACGAGCAACUUCUAUCAUUUUUUCAGUGUUUAUUUUUAUGUCCUCUUCCACUGUAAAUAGUUGGUUUUGAAUUUAGUCUUUUUAUGCGUUAUGUA